AUGACGCCUCCAAGAGGGAAACGACUCCAGAGCGUCGCCGUCAUGCGAUCUACUGAUCUAGGGUUUCCCCCGGAGGUAGCGGACAGAGGUUUAAAUUUUCUUGAUAUUCUAUAUUUGCCUUCCCCCUUUUUCCCCCACGAGGCAGCCCUAUCGGGCGCCGGCGCCCCUUCCGCCGCCACCCCUGCCUCGCCGCCAGGACCGCCCCUCCCUCGCCGGCUCGCCGCCCGCGCAGCCGCGCAACCGCCCCACCCCGCGUCGCCAACUCGCCACUCCCGCAUCCUACCGUCCCGCGCGACCUCUGCUGGCGCCUGGGGGGAGGGUACGCCGCCGCCUGGUUCAACUCCUACCUCCCUGCUCCAGUACAGCGCCGACCAGACCUCCCUCCGCUUGACCAGUCCAGGUGCAGCCAACCAGGAUGACCAGGACGCCCGGCGGUUACCUCCAAACCUCCCUCCGCUCCAGUCUCCAGAUCAGGACGCUCGGCCGACGCUGGCUUGCAACCGCAGGAUGGAGUUGUUGCUUGCUGCUUUAUUUAGAGAAUAUCAUGUAUAUGAAUGAGACAUUAUCAAGUAGUUGCUGGUUACAAUUGUCAUGUUACUACAAAUUUUGUUAUCUAUUGGUUCGUGUAUGCUAAACAGUAGGAUGGAGUUGUUGCAAAUUCUGAUUUAGCCCGUUUUA